AUGUUCGGAAAACGCGGUCCUCACAAUGCAAUCCUUAUAUUCGCUAUUCAGGGAAGCAUGCUAGGCAGCAUAGUGGUCGGUUUGCCUGUUAUUCCGACUGAAGAUGUCAAAGAUAAAAUCGAUGAGCCAGAGCAAAUCAUUUACGCUGUGCGGUGCCACGUCGGGACGAGGGAGGGUGUAUUUCUCACUGAUCUCUGUCGUACCAAUGCUGAACCAAACCCCGUCAGGAUCAUGAAGAACAGCCUCUUUCUGUAUCUCAAUUUUUACUGCAUCGAGGAUUACUAUGCGAAAGACCUUGUUGAGCCCGCAAUAUGUCUGCUACGCAUAGGAGCAAAUGGUGCUGAAACAGACUGGCUUUUCUCAUUCUAA